GUAAAGAUGCCCCCAGCAGGUCUGCAUCAUCACUGUGAGAGGUGCUCCAGCCUCCACUGCCAAGCCCCUGUGAACACCUCUGUCUCCUGCGUGGUCAUUAAGUGUCGUCUGCAUUGUGGCGCUGCCUUCCAUAUGUGUAAGGAGAAGGAGCACCAGUUACUGUGUCCCAAUGAGAUGGUCCCCUGCCUCAACGUUGACUACGGCUGUCCCUUCACCCUGCUCCGCCACAGGCUAGCCAAGCACCUGGAGGUCUGCCCCGCCAGUACUGUUAUCUGCUCUCAGCAAUGGAUCCGCUUCCCAGUGCCAGACACGGCCAUCUACAGGUUUGUUAAGUUGUGUUUUGUGUUGUGCAGUGUUGUGAGUAGUUGAUGUUUGUUCUGUCAAACUGGGUUUCACACCUCAUGAUUUAUGGCAGGAGGUAAUACAAUUAGGUAAUUAAGAUAGAUAACCAUGUGGUCGCCAUAUUUAUUUAUUUUAUUUCACCUUUAUUUAAUCAUGUAAGCCAGUUGAGAACAAGUUCUCAUUUACAACUGCGACCUGGCCAAGACCAAGCAAAGCAGUGCAAUAAAAACAACAACACAGAGUUACAUAUGGGGUAAAACAAAACAUACAGUCAAUAACACAAUAGAAAAUCUAUAUACAGUGUGUGCAAAUGGUGUUUUCUGCGUAGAGGUGGAUCUGAGAGUCACCAGCAGCAAGAGCGACAUUAUUGAUAUACGCAGAGAAUAGAGUCGGCCCAAGAAUUGAACCCUGUGGCACCCCCAUAGAGACUGCCAUAGGUCCAGACAACAGGCCCUCCAAUUUGACACAUUGAACACUAUCUGAAAAGUAGUUGGUGAACCAGGCGAGGCAGUCAUUUAAAAAACCAAGGCUAUUUAGUCUGCCAAUAAGAAUGCGGUGGUUGACAGAGUCGAAAGCCUUGGCCAGGUCGAUGAAGACGGCUGCGCAGUACUGUCUUUUAUCGAUCGCGGUUAUUAUAUCAUUUAGGACCUUGAGCGUGGCUGAGGUGCACCCAUGAUCAGCUCGGAAACCAGAUUGCAUAGCGGAGAAGGUACGGUGGGAUUCAAAUACUUUCGAAAGGCAGGGCAGGAUGGAUAUAGGUCUGUAACAGUUUGGAUCUAGAGUGUCACCCCCUUUGAAGAGGGGGAUGACCGCGGCAGCUUUCCAAUCUAUCGGGAUCUCAGACGAUACGAAAGAGAGGUUGAACAGGCUAGUAAUAGGGGUUGCGACAAUUUCGGCGGCUAAUUUUAGAAAGAAAGGGUCCAGAUUGUGUAGCCCAGCUGAGUUUUAGGGGUCCAGAUUUAGCAGCUGUUUCAGGACUAUCUGAAUUUGGGUGAAGGAGAAGUGAGGGGGGGGGCAUGGGCAAGUUGCAGUGGAGGGUGCAGAGCUGGUGGCCGGGGUAGGGGUAGCCAGGUGGCAAGCAUGGCCAGCCUUAGCAAAAUGCUUAUUGAAAUUCUCGAUUAUCGUAGAUUUAUCGGUGGUGACAGUGUUUCCUAGCCUCAGUGCAGUGGGUAGCUGGAAGGAGCUCUUAUUCUCCAUGGAAUUUACAGUGUCCCAAAACUUUUUGGAGUUAGUGCUACAGGAUGCACAUUUCCGUUUGAAAAAGCUAGCCUUUGCUUUCCUAACUGAUUGUGUAUAUUGGUUCCUGACUUCCAUGAAAAGUUGCAUAUUGCGGGGGCUGUUCGAUGCUAAUGCAGUACGCCACAGGAUGUUUUUGUGCUGAUCAAGGGCAGUCAAGUCUGGGGUGAACCAGGGGCUAUAUCUGUUCUUAGUUCUGCAUUUUUUGAAUGGGGCAUGCUUGUUUAAGAUGGAGAGGAAAGCACUUUUGAAGAACAUUCCUCUACUGACGGAAUGAAGUCAAUAUCCAUCCAGGAUACCUGGGCCAGGUCAAUUAGAAAGGCCUGCUCGCUGAAGUGUUUUAGGGAUCGUUUGACAGUGAUGAGGGGUGGUCGUUUGACCGCCGACCCAUUACGGACGCAGGCAAUGAGGCAGUGAUUGCUGAGAUCCUGGUUGAAGACAGUGGAGGUGUAUUUCGAGGGUAAAUUAGUCAGGAUGAUAUCUAUGAGGGUGCCCAUGUUUACGGAUUUAGGGUUGUACCUGGUAGGAUCCUUGAUAAUUUGUGUGAGAUUGAGGGCAUCUAGUUUAGAUUAUAGGACGGCCGGGGUGUUAAGCAUAUCCCAGUUUAGGUCACCAAUUAAUACGAACUCUGAGGAUAGAUGCGUGGCAAGCAAUUCACAAAUGGGGGCUGAGGGGGGUCUGUAGCAAGCGGCAACAUUGAGAGACUUAUUUCUGGAAAGGUGGAUUUUUAGAAGUAAAAGCUCAAACUGUUUGGGCACAGACCUGGAUAGUAUGAUAGAGCUCUGCAGGCUAUCUCUACAAUAGAUUGCAACUCCACCCCCUUUGGCAGUUCUAUCUAGAUGGAAAAUGUAGUUCGGGAUAAGAAAUAUCUGCAUUUUUGGUGGCCUUCCUAAGCCAAGAUUCAGACACUGCUAGAACAUCAGGGUUGGCAGAGUGUGCUAAUGCAGUGAAUAACUCAAUCUUGGGGAGGAGGCUUCUGAUGUUAACAUGCAAGAAACCAAGGCUUUUACGGUUACAGAAGUCAACAAAUGAUAGCGCCUGGGGGGUAGGAGUGAUACUGGGGGCUACAGGGCCUGGGUUAACCUCUACAUUACAAGAGGAACAGAGGAGGAAUAGAGUAAGGAUACGGCUAAAGGCUUUAAGAACUGGUCUUCUAGUGCUUUGGGUACAGAGAAUAAAAGGGGCAGAUUUCCGGGCGUUGUAGAAUAGAUUCAGGGCAUUAUGGACAGACAAGGAUAUGGACGGAUAUGAGUACAGUGGAGGCUCACCUAAGCAUUGGGUAACGAUGAAAGAGAUAGCAUCACUGGAGGUACCGAUUGAGCCGGUCUCCGCGUGUAUGGGGAGUGGGACAAAGAAGCUAUCUGAGGCAGGUUGAGCAGGAUUGGGGGCUUUACAGUGAAAUAGUACAUUAAGAACUAGCCCAAACAGCAAUAAGCAAACCAUAUUGACAUGGGAGAGAGGCAUAACGCAAUCGCAGGUGUUAUUCGAGAGCGCUAAGACAACAACUGUCUUGUGAUCUACAUCGGUUGCUGGGGAAAUGGCCAGUCAGGCGUUUGAGCGCCAGGUGAUGUAUUGAAGAGAGAAAGAGGCAGGAACUGGUGCAAGAACAUUUAAAAUCAAUGCAUUAAAACUGAAGGACUUAUGACAUGUUUAUAUAACUUGAACCAUGAUGUGAUAUUUCUCUUCCGAUCCUCUUACAUCUUAAAAAAAGUAUAAUGUGGAUUUUGCUGUAACAUAAAACGUGUGUAAAUUACACAAGGAGUGUUUGGUAUCUGCAGGCUACGUGUGUGUGUGUGUGUGUGUGUGUGUGUGUGUGUGUGUGUGUGUGUGUGUGUGUGUGUGUGUGUGUGUGUGUGUGUGUGUGUGUGUGUGUGUGUGUGUGUGUGUGUGUGUGUGUGUGUGUGGACCCAGGUGUCAGGGGCUUGAGGGGUAGUGUGUUGUAUAUUGUAAUAUAUGUGAGACAAAAGGCUUAGUGCUUUUGAUCAAGUAGAGUCCUUGGAACAAUUUUGGGACAAAGAUUUCAUCAGUGGUAGUGUAUUGUGUUCAGCUUUUUGUGGAGCCAAUUGUCUAUUGUGACUUUUGAUUAAGUUUGUGGGAUGAAUAGGAGGGGAUUUGGUUGAGGGGCCUGAUUAAACUGUUUUGAAUGGUGUGUGUUUUGGGGUCUGGGGUGAAAUCCAACAUGGUUAAGAACAUUCACACCUGGUCCUGUUGGUGAAUUAACAAGCAGUUGUCUGGACUGUUGUGCCACGAAGGGAUCACGCGCCCUUGGUUGUGGGCCACAUCAAUGGAAUGAAAGGGGGGAGGUCAGCCAUAAAAUGUGUGUAACAUAAAACAUUUGUAAAUUACACAAGGAGUGUUUGGUAGCUACAGGCUAUGUGUGUGUGUGUGUGCGCGCGUGUGUGUGUGUGUGUGUGUGUGUGUGUGUGUGUGUGUGUGUGUGUGUGUGUGUGUGUGGACCCAGGUGUCAGGGGCUUGAGGGGUAGUGUGUUGUGUAUUGUAAUAUAUGUGAGACAAAAGGCUUAGUGCUUUGAUCAAGUAGAGUCCUUGGAACAAUAGUUGGGUCUCAGCUUUUAUAGCAAAGUACAACCUUUGUCUACGUGGCAGUUUAGCAGAUGUAUGAGAACCUGGUGGGAACAUAGCGUUUAAACAAUUGAUAAUGGCAGGUAGUUUAGUGGUUAAGAGUGUUGUGCCAGUAACCGAAAGGUCGCUGGUUCUAAUCCCUGAGCCGACUAGGUGAAAAAUCUGUUGAUGUGCCCUUGAGCAAGGCACUUAACCCUACUCUCUCUGGAUAAGAGUGUCUGCUAAAUGACAUAAAUGUAAUAAUGGCAGUUUUGUUACCCCUUUCUGCUGAUAUCUAGGCACUGCUGCUCAAGCUAGCUUCUGUUCUAUAAUAAUAAUAAUAUGCCAUUUGGCAGACGCUUUUAUCCAAAGCGACUUACAGUCAUGCAUGCAUACAUUUUUUGUGUAUGGGUGGUCCCGGGGAUCGAACCCACUACCUUGGCGUUACAAGCACCGUGCUCUACCAGCUGAGCUACAUAUCUCGGACACAGCUGUGUGCUUGACAGAUACCAAAAGAACAGGAUGGACCAAAGUUCCCCCUCAAAUGGCCCUUUGUCUUUGGCCGCGUGACUAAAUUGCACAAAGACAGAGUCGAAAAACACUAUCUUCUUCUUACAUGACCUUAGAACAGAAAAUGGAAAAGGACAGGUUAAGGCUUAUACAGCUCAUGUGCAUAACAGAGUUAGUAAUUUUCCACCAUAGUAUCCCUAUAAAUUGCAGGACUUGCAAACAGGCAUCAGAUCAAGUUCUCUUCUGAUCGACGAGACAGAAGGAAUCAACCCAGAGAUCCUGCCUUCGAUACUAACAGACAGAGUUCACAAUGCAUCCCGGUGGGGAUAAGAAAAAGAAUUCGCUCACUGCACAGAUUCAACUAAUAGAGGGGGAGAGGGGGAGAGGGGAGAGAGGGAGAGAGAGAGGCUAUUUUCGUCCUGCUGGCUUCAUCAGCUCUACUGUCUCGAGAGAUUUGGACAACGUUUUCUUAGCUUCAUUCCAUACUAGCGGAAUCCAACUGAGAGGCACCAGCGACACACACGUAAAUCAUCCUGUUACAUUCUUCCUAUUCUAUGAAAGUGGCAUUGUGUGUGUAACGUGGGGGAAGUUACUGAGUAAUUGUAAGAUGGCAGGUCUAAUUUACCAAUCAAUUAUCAAUACUGUCUCAGCAAUGUCCACAUUUGGGUACUAACUAAUAGCAUAGCCCAUUGUCAGUUCCUGGUUGCUGAAACGCUCUAGACUUUCACAGUUGUGAAAGCCAUGUCACAUUUCCUCUCCCAAUGAACAUAGUAACUGACAGUUGAUUAAGACUAUUGUUGAUAUAGGAUUAAUGGUAUAAUGAUAACUAUUGUAUAGAGUUAAUUCAAGGGGUCCCACCCUUAAUGGUGCCCCUCUUAGAUUAACUUGGAUAGGAUAACCAAAUUAAUCAAAUAAAUCAGAUCAAGUAAUUAAUCAGUCAAUUUUCUUGAAUAACCAAGUCACAACAGGACUUGGAUGUUUUAUUUUAUUACAAUUUCUACAGGUAUGUGGAGCAUUUUCAUUUUUCUAAGCACAGAAAUCAGAUCAUCAAAAUGGCUCACGUUUUACAACUCUAAGCACAUUUUUUAUUAUAACAAACAAAUUCACAAAGUCACUUGAUCACUGCACCAAAUCACUUUUUCAAUUUGGAUAUAUAUUCAAUCUAAGUAUCUGCUUUUGAAAAUGCAAUAUUUACUUUACUUUUGAUAUGAUUUUCUUGUCAUUUGUUAACAAUACAAUUAACUACCACAUAAUCAAACUGCUCAAAACGGAUAACUACUGAACCAAUAUGAUGUAAAUGUAACGUUGAGGGAGUCAGGAAGCAGGUGCAUUUAGUUCGUUAUUUAGUUUAAUAAUAAUGAUUAUGGAACGAUACAAACCAAGGAAACACGAACAAUAAUAACCUUUUCAUUUAAUUUACCCCUCUUAAUUUCGCCUACUGUUCUGACUUGGUGGUGCACAUGUAGCCUAUAACCUGUUUUAGAGAAAUGUAAUCAUUGAAUAUUGUAAGAGCUUUCAUUGUCUGCUUACAGUGGCUUCCGAAAGUAUUCACCCCCGUUGGCAUUUGUCCUAUUUUGCUGACUUACAACCUGGAAUUAAAAUUGAUUUUUGGGGGGUUUGAAUCAUUUGAUUUACACAACAUGCCUACCACUUUGAUGAUGCAAAAUAUUUUUUCUUGUGAAACAAACAACUUGAAAACUUGAGCGUGCAUAACUAUUCACCCCCCACAAAGUCAAUACUUUGUAGAGCCACCUUUUGCAGCAAUUACAGAACUCAGAGGGUUUUCUUUAAUGGAAGCUUUCUCUAAUGUCAAACAUGUAAAUGUGGUGUACCACAGGGCAGCUCUCUGGGCCCUCUACUCUUUUCUAUUUUUACCAAUGACCUGCCACUGGCAUUAAAUAAAGCAUAUAUGUCCAUGUAUGCUGAUGAUUCAACCACAGCUAAUGGUCAGCAACCACAGCUAAUGAAGUCACUGAAACCCUUAACAAAGAGUUGCAGUCUGUUUUGGAAUGGGUGGCCACUAAUAAACUGGUCCUGAACAUCUCUAAAACUAAGAGCAUUGUAUUUGCUACAAAUAAUUCUCUAAGUCCUAAACCUCAGCUGAAUCUGUUAAUGAAUGGUGUGGCUGAUGAACAAGUUGAGGAGACUAAAUUACUUGGUGUUACCUUAGAUUGUAAACUGUCAUGGUCAAAACAUAUACAUUCAAUGUUUGUAAAGAUGGGGAGAGGUCUGUACGUAAUAAAGAGAUGCUCUGCCUUUUUGACACCACACUCCACAAAGCAAGUCCUGCAGGCUCUAGUUGUAUCUUAUCUUGAUCAUUGUCCAGUCAUGUGCUACAGCUAGCCCAGAACUGAGCGUCACGUAUUAAUACUAUGAAGGAAGACCUAGUUAAGCUGCAGCUAUUAAUAAAAUCUUGUGGAUAUAGUCAAACGUUUUUAGGGUUUCUGAACAGACCACAACCCACCAAUCAAACCGGUUAUGCCAUGUCCCACCACCCCUGCUAACCCACCCAUCAAACCGGUUAUGCCAUGUCCCACCACCCCUGCUAACCCAAAAUGGAUCAAAGUCACAAUCAGGAUCACAACAAGCCCCUCACACCUGGGUCCAAACACACACACACGCGCACACGCACACACACACACACACACACACACACACACACUAACCCUUACAUAUCAAAGUAAUCAGAUCAAAGGUGUUUACAUACAACACGAGGCGACCACAUGGUUAUCUAUUUGAAUUACCUAACUGUAUUACCUCCUACCAUAAAUCAUGAGGUGUGAAACCCAGUUUGACAGAACAAACCCUACAUCAACUACUGUCUUGCCGUGUUAUGCUAUGUCAUGUUUUUGUGUGUGCUGCGUCAUAUUGAAUACUGAAUAAUGAACUAAGACAGAUACAUUACUAUGGGCUGUACAGGUUUCAACAUAAAUAAACAGAUACACUGUGUUCUAGGUUUGUGUUUUUGUAUGGAUGAUUCCGCUGCAAAACCGAAUUCUCCCUUGGAGUUACUUAAUACAGUUUUCAGAAUCAGCUUAAUUCGUCAAGUACAUUUUUUUUUUUGUACCAGGAAUUUUACCUGGUGAAAUGAUGUUGACAGCAUAGAAAAAAUAUACAGACAGAAUAUGAAUGGAUUUACACAUGAUCGAUAUUUCACUACUACAGGACCGGCCUGGCUGACCCAGAUCAUCAGAAGCAGCUGAACGUGUCUAUGGCCCUGAGAGACCAGGAGCUCCUCUUCAGAUGCCUCAAGAUGAAGACCGUCUUCCCUGAGCUGAUGGAGAAGGUAAUUUUAGUCAAUAGGCUGAUCUGCUCUGAAUUUGAUAUAUUUUUUGUAAGUAUUUUUUAAAUAGUUUACUAAAGUUUUCUGCAUCGAACUGGCUGUCUUUUCUGAAGGUGGAAGAAGAACCUGCUCAGAAAGAGAUAGAUGUAGGUGUCACCAGCUCUGCAGGUGAAGGUCGUAGUUCAUUAGACCCUGGUGAAGCAAUUGAGGAUGGAGAUAAUGGUUAUGGUUAUGGAGAUGGGAUGGAGCUGGAGAAGGAGCUGAGUCAGGAGGAGAGGGAGGCCUUGUCCAAUAACAAGGACAUGAAGAGACGUCAACAAACCGUGAACAACAUGGAAAAGAAGAUGAAUCUUGGUGAAGAAGAGAAAGCACGCAGCUCAUCAAAUGGUCUUCGAAAGGUGGAGGGGGAUGGAUCAUCCAAGAAGUGCCAGGAGAAUGGAGCCACCGCAAGUGUUGUAGAUGUCACUAGGUCUGGCCUUGCACCGUGGCAGGACGGCGUCGUGGAGAGACUGCGUAGAGAGGUCACCAUUGCAGAUUUCAACAUGUAUCUGUUGCACCAUGGAGCCAUGCUGAUCAACUUCGGUCAACUUGAUGCCUGUACUCCGAGGGAGAAGGACUUUGUUUACGGAAACCUGGAGCCCGUAGCAGUUCAAACUGUGCGCACGUUCAAUGUUCCCACGAGCUACCGUCCGAAACGGAUUCACAUGAACAACCCCUGGUCACCGAUGGUCAACAAAAGCGUUGAUACAGCUGAUCUAGGGGGUUUCGGUAGAAGAUCUUCCAAAGUGUGAUGAAGUCAAUGCAACUUUGUUGUGCUUCUUGGAGAAAGAGCUAAAGGGCCACAACAUCUCAGAGGGUGGAGGAGCAGACGGCCUCUAUGUAGACGUCGGAACACAGACUUACAACUUCCCCUCUGCUCCGUUCAAACCUGAAGCCUCGCUGGCGGACAUCAUCACAGACCAACACAAAGGCCUCUAUGUCCAGAUCCAAACUGAGGACAUCACCAGAAGACACAACUCUACCAACUCUGCCUUUAGUUACCUCUGUGGCCACGUCUUCCGCCGCGACGAGUACCACACUCACUUAAAGAACGUGCACUUGGACAUCCAGUCCUGCCUGAACGGCUGGUUCGAGCAGCGCUGCCCACUAGCAUACCUGGGCUGCAACUACAGCCAGAGGAGGUUCCAUCCUGCAGGUCAGAAAGCCAUGGUCACCUACCGCCAGGAUCUCAGCACCUUCAGCCUCAAACCAGAGGGCUCCUCGACACUGUCCGACUCUGGAAAGACCAUCACCAUCACCUCAGACAGGAAACGUCCUCGUAACCUGGACCCGUUGAGCAGACUUCCCUUUGAGAUCCUCCAGCAUGUGGCAGGGUUCCUGGACAGCUUUACCCUGUCUCAGCUGUCCCAGGUGUCCCAGUUGAUGAGGGAGGUGUGUGUCACACUGCUAGAGGAGAGGGGGAUGGUCUAUCUGAAAUGGGAGAAGAAGACCUACUCACAUGGAGGAACAUCAUGGAAAUGCAGAAAAAAGGUGUGUUUUUUAACUGUUUUUGUUUUGUUUUGUUGCAUUUAUAAAUAAUAAUACAGGAGUUAUAUAGCACUUUUCAAAGACCCAACAAUGCUUACUAUGAGAUAAUACAGUGGCUUGCGAAAGUAUUCACCUCCUUGGCAUUAUUCCAAUUUUGUUGCCUUACAACCUGGAAUUCAAAAGGAUUUUUGGGGGGUUUGUAUCAUUUGAUUUACACAACAUGCCUACCACUUUGAAGAUGCAAAAUAUUUUUUAUUAUGAAUGUUUUAUUAUUAUUUUUUAUUAUGAAACAAACAAGAACUAAGACAAAAAAACAGAACUUGAACGUGCGUAACUAUUCUCAAGAAUUUCCCUAUAUUUAGUGCCAUCCAUCAUUCCUUCAAUUCUGACCAGUUUUCCAGUCCCUGCCGAUGGAAAACAUCCCCACAGCAUGAUGCUGCCACUACCAUGCUUCACUGUGGGGAUGGUGUUCUUGGGUUGAUGAGAGGUGUUGGGUUUGCGCCAGACAUAGCAUUUUCCAUGAUGGCCAAAAAGCUCAAUUUUAGUCUCAUCUGACCAGAGUACCUUCUUCCAUAUGUUUGGGGAGUCUCCCACAUGCCUUUUGGUGAACACCAAACGUGUUUGCUUAUUUUUUUCUUUAAGCAAUGGCUUUUUUUCUGGCCACUCUUCCGUAAAGCCCAGCUCUGUGGAGUGUACGGCUUAAAGUGGUCCUAUGGACAGAUACUCCAAUCUCCGCUGUGGAGCUUUGCAGUUCCUUCAGGGUUAUCUUUGGUCUCUUUGUUGCCUCUCUGAUUAAUGCCCUCCUUGCCUGGUCCGUGAGUUUUGUUGGGCGGCCCUCUCUUGGCAGAUUUGUUGUGGUGCCAUAUUCUUUCAAUUUUUUUAAUGAUGGAUUUAAUGGUGCUCCGUGGGAUUUUCAAAGUUUCUGAUAUUCUUUUAUAACCUAACCCUGAUCUGUAAUUCUUCACAACUUCAUGGUGCCACUUGCUUGGUGGUGCCCCUUGCUUAGUGGUGUUGCAGACUCUGGGCCUUUCAGAACAGGUGUAUAUAUACUGAGAUCAUGUGACAGAUCAUGUGACACUUAGAUUGCACACAUGUGGACUUUAUUUAACUAAUUAUGUGACUUCUGAAGGUUAAUUGGUUGCACCAGAUCUUAUUUAGGGGCUUCAUAGCAAAGGGGGUGAAUACAUAUGCACGCACCACUUUUCCGUUAUUAAUUUUUUAGAGUUACAUUUUUCAUUUCACUUCACCAAUUUGGACUAUUUUGUGUAUGUCCAUUACAUGAAAUCCAAAUAAAAAUCCAUUUAAAUUACAGGUUGUAAUGCAACAAAAUAUGAAAAACGCCAAGGGGGAUGAAUACUUUUGCAAGGCACUGUAGUUCAGUUGAAGGGAUGGGUGUCAUAGAGGUAUGUGUAUUUCAUGUUUGGUGUUGUAGGAUCUGCUGUACCCUGCACAUGUUCAUUUUGGUUUUCACGUUCUAGUAACAUUGAAUGUCAGUGUAAAGUGAAAGCGGCUACACCAGAAUAAACUGGUUUUAUAAACCAGAAUAAACAUGUGUUUGGUUGUAAACCAUGUCACUGGUUCUAAACAAAGCCAGAGGGUCACACAUGCUCCUGUUGUUGUCUCAUACACUGUUUAGUUCUGUCUUCUGACCCACCAGGUCACUUGGUCUAUCACUCACUGUGGGAUAGCAUAGUUAACAGGUCACCCUAAUAUGGCUGCCCAGUCCUGUAUGGCAUCCAGCAAACUAACUGCCUGGUAUCCACAUUCCCUACAUCUCUCCUGGACAGAAUAAUGGUUCCAGCCUAGUCCUAUUCCGCAUCCCAAUCAGCACCCUAUUCCAUAUGGACACUGGUCAAAAGUAGUGCACUAUACAGGAAAUAGGGUGCCAUUUGGAUUGCUUCCUAAAUAUCUGCUGGAAAGAAAAAUGGAUCCAGCCUAGCACACUAUGUAGGGAUUCAUGCCGUUUGGGAGGCAUUUCUAGUCCUAUGACAGCUGUUGCAUUGUGAAGCUGACUACUCCCCUGACUACUCCCUGUACUCCUCUCAGACAAUAUUGUCAGUUGUAUUACUCAUCCAAGUGUUUGACACCAGCCAGUCAGAUUAUUAGUUCAAUUACCCAUCCCAACCUAGCUAACGUUAGCGCCCUAGCCACCUAGGUAAUCAAAUCAAAUUGUAUUUGCCACAAGUGCAGAAUACAACAGGUUUAGACCUUACAGUGAAACGUUAGCCACCUAGCUAACGUUCCAUCAAAAUUGGAAUUCGUAACAUAUCAGACGUAUUUCAAAUUUGUAACAUAUUGUAUGAAUUGCAAUUGUUAACAUAUCACAUGAAAUGCAUGAUGGACAUCCACAAAUUAAUACAUACCAUAUGAAACGUAACUUAUCAUACUAAAUGGAGGGAGACAUAUUUACGUUUGUUAUGUUACGUCUACCCUGAGUCCAGGUUGCACACUAAAGACAGUCAUCUCAUCAUUCACACUGUGGUACCAAAUGGUACCCUAUCCCCUUUGUAGUGCACUACUUUUCAGCAGGGCCUAUAGUGCACUACUAAGGGGAUAGGUUGCCAUUUGGGAUGCAUGUAUAGACAGCGGGUUGCUAGGAGGCAGGAAUAGCUUGGGAGGGAGAAAUCUAAACUCCAGACAUCACAAAACUUAAACAGAGUAUAAACCUGCAUACUGAGUAAAUGGCUGGAAUAUUGUACUUCUCUGUUCCAAUGUAAUAUAGCUUUAUAUCAAGGUUUACAAUGCAUCCUAACUCAUUAUACUAAAAUGUUAUUUUACUAUGCUGUACAUUUUCCUGGUCACCUGGGUCGACCAGUUAUAAGGUUUAGUUAUAGGGUCUAUUUAUAGGGUCCAGUUAUAGGGUCUAGUUAUAGGGCUAGUUAUAGGGUCUAGUGUUUGUCCUGGUUAGAUCACAUUGUCAAGAGGAACCUGUAUAGUAAUAUCUUCCUCUUUUCUCCUACAGGUGUGGGAGUUUAGCAGUCUGUUUUCCAAGGUGGACAGUUGGUGCUUUGACGACGAUGUGGCCUCCAUGUCUGAGCACCUGAAGGUCUGCCCUUUCUACCAGAGAGAGGAGCUCCGUAAGCCUGUAAAGCUAGCCAGUAUGGAGGGGGCCAGAGAGAGACCCCAGGGCCAGAGUCUACUGGACCUGCUCCAGGAGUAUGACCUGCCUCUAGCAGACCCAUAA